CUCAGAACAAAGGUUUGUAAAUGAUACGGCAGUUUACAGCUGUCAUUCCGGCUAUGACCUAAAUAUGGAUAAAAAGAUUCAAAGAUUUACUCGAAUUUGCUUACAAGCCGAUAACCCUCACGAAUGCAAAGGAACGUGGAGCGAAAAACAGCCAUGUUGUAUACCAAGGUCAUGUCCGGAUCCUAACAAUUCUAACUUCAGAAAUGGAAGUAUAGAGGGAAAUGCCUAUUUCUACCCCGAAACAAUCUUCCUAAAUUGCAGUGAAGGUCACGAGAUCGUCGGCGCAAGAUCCUAUUUUCAGUGCAAUCAAAGUGGCCAGUGGCAUGAAAUAUCAAAACCCAGUGACGAGGCAGCACAACAAGCCAAUGAGAGAAUCAACUCAGAACGUGAGAAAGUAAAAUCCUGCAUAUGGCCAAAGUCAAAUUCAAUUAAAACAAGGCACUUUCCCACCAACAUAAGACAAUUUCCUACUUGCCAACCUAAAGAUUGUAGGAAACCUGUUAUUGACAGUAACUGUACUCUGGUGUCAACGAGCUUCCAUUAUCCAAGCACAGUGAUGUUUGACCGCACCGAUGGAUACUGCGUUGUUGGUAGUACUAGCUCUCAAUGCAAUUCACAAGGACUUUGGUCAAAUGCGUCACCAACCUGUGAACGAAUUUAUUGUCCUCAAAUGAAGUAUAAUGCGACUGAAAUGUGGGUAACAAUAAAAAGAAAUGGACAAGCCAAAGACUGCCUUAAAUACAAGUUUUGCUACGGACAUACUGUUACCUUUGAUCCUCGCCCUGGUUACUCCCUCGACCGCAGCGUUCAACUCGUAUGUGAGCAAUACAAAUCAAGCCCUCAUCAAUGCGCGGGCUACUGGUAUCCCGACGAUCGACUACCACAACCUUUUGAAAAGAUUUGCCCUCCUCCUCCUGUAAAGAUCAAUAACGGACUUGUCCAAGGUAGUGAUUCUACCGUCGGAUCCACAAUCAGCUUCACCUGCUCAGCAGACUACGAGCUAAAGGAUGGUAGUAAUACAAGAAUAUGUUUGUCGUCGGGACAGUGGAGUGGAAUGCAACCAAGAUGUGAACACGUUUGCGCCAAAUAUGUGGCACAACCUGGCUCCGUUCAGUAUUGUACAGCAACAAGCGGAAAGGCAGAACUAGUCUGUCCAGGAAUAACUGAGUGUCCGUCAGACCUCACUCCCGUCUGCUCUAGUGAUACACAAACCUACGACAACCUUUGUCUUCUAAAAAUUUAUGGCUGCAGAAAGUACGGCGUCAACGAUACAACAACCGCUGUAGCAAACGACAACUGUCUAUUCGGUGGAAUUUGUACUGAACCGCAACCCAAACCAUCACCUGGAGAUCAGUGCAGACAAACUGCGUAUCGAUAUUUCUACAAUACUGAAACGUCAGAGUGUGAAUGGUACGCAAACGGACCCUGUUACAAAGGACAUAACAGUUUUUAUACAUUGGACGAUUGCAAAGAUCACUGUGAAACAAGUAAUCCUUGCAUUUCUAAAAUGGAUCCUGGCUUGUGCAAUCUUCAUCAGCUACGGUACUAUUACAACCUGACAGAAGAGAAGUGCAUGGAAUUUAACUAUUCAGGCUGCUAUGGAAAUGAAAACAAUUUUAUAUCAGAGUCAACGUGUGAAGCAAAAUGCAGCGGAGUUCGCAUCACUCCUACACCUGUCAUGAUGACUGCAGCUGUGUCAUGUGGACGACCUCCUUUGCUACUAAAUGGGAAAUAUGAAGGACACUUCUUUAGCUAUGGAGCCAUGGUACGCUACCACUGUAAUGUCGGAUACUGUCUAGCUGGAAACAAUACCUCCAUUUGUUUGAAAGAAGGUCAUUGGCAUUCAAACACACACAGAAAAUGUCAAAUUCUGAAAUGUCCCAAUUUACAAUCGAUAUCAAAUGGUUCAGUUUCGGUGUCGUCAAACUAUUUGGGCGGAACUGCUACAUACCGAUGCAAAACUGGCUUUGAUUUGAUUGGUUCACGUACAACAUCAUGCCAGAAACAUUCACCAGCGCAUUGCAGUUUGACAUGGACUGAACACCCACCAACAUGUAGAGGUAAAGAUUGCGGCGAUCCGGGUGACAUUAGUCGUGGAAGAAUAGCCGUGAUACAAGGAGACGGAAGGCGAUAUCCAAGUUACAUACAGUUUAUAUGUAAUCUAGGAUAUCAAAUUGUCGAAGGCACAGAGUUUAUGACGUGUUCAAGUUCACAAGUGUGGAAGGGAAAACGGCCAAAGUGUCAACCUGUUUAUUGUGGUGAGUUGAAACAACCCAAGAAUGGCGAAAUUAUCGUGAACAAAUUCUAUUUUGGAGAGUCCGCGACGUUUUCUUGCAAUAGAGGAUACAUGAUGAUAGGAAAAAAGACUUCAACGUGCGUGGCGUCUGGUACAUGGACUAAUACGUCACCCAAAUGUAUUGAAACUAGGUGUUUUCCAAUUCAAAGACAGAAACAUGGGCGUGUUGUUGGAACGGGCAACCAAAUUGGCUCUGUUCUUGUAUUUCAAUGUACGUUAGGAUAUGCCCUGAAGGGACCUUCAAAACUUCAUUGCGUCCAGACAAAAAAUUUACCAGCAAAAUGGAAUAUGCCAAUACCUGAAUGCCAAGCAAUGCGGUGCGAGCCCUUGCAACCUCCUGAAAACGGUUUUAUCAGUGGCAAAAGCAACACAUUUCCGAAUUAUGUUGUCUAUGCAUGUAAAGAAGGAUACAGACUUAUUGGAACAUCAAAGCGCAGCUGCAAUGCAUCUGGACAAUGGAAAGGAUUAGCACCAAAUUGCCAACGCAUUUCAUGCCCGCCAAUUCAAAACCCAUUAAAUGGCGAAUUGGUUAGCAAUAACUUUUCUAUAAACUCUACAGUUGAAUUUAUUUGUAAUGCCGGAUAUGCUGUGCGAGGUUCGUAUACGUCUACCUGCAUGGUUCAAGGAAUCUGGUCAAGUGAACCUCCAACAUGCCAACGUAUAAAAUGCGCAUCACUGCCUAGACCAAAGUUUGGUAAAGUAGUUGUUUCGCAAACUCAUGUCCGAAGCGUUGCUCGGUACUCUUGCAUAUUUGGGUACAGGCUCGUUGGCGUCACUCACAGACAAUGUACGCAAACCUCUCAGUUCACUGUGGAAGCAAUGUGGAGUCCUAAAUCUCCCAAAUGCAUUCCUGUGAGAUGUUCUACACUUCAUGCUCCAUUAAACGGAAAAAUUGUUGGUAGCAAAUUCUAUUAUCCACAUUUUGUGCUGUACUUAUGUGACUACGGAUACCAAAUACUGUCCGGAAAUAGCACUAGAAAAUGCAACGAAAUAGGAAAAUGGACAGGCAUCGCGCCAUUGUGCAAAGGUGUUUGUGAAGUUGCAAAACUGAACUGUUCAAACGCUCAGAUUUGUGCAGUGGACAGCGACGGCAGUGCAACGUGUGUAUGCAAAUCUCAGUCUGCUUGUCCAUUAGACGUCAGACCGGUCUGCGGUUCUGAUGGGCGAACUUAUAUAAACGAGUGUUUACUGGAAGUGGAAGCAUGUCUGUUUGGAUCAGAUUUAUUAAGAUCGAUUAGUCAAGGAGCGUGUGAAUUCUCUUGUCAUGUCUGCCAUUCCAAUGCUGAUUGUGUUGAAAAUACCAACUGUAGCUGCAAACCUCGUUUUGUUGGCGACGGAAGGAAAUGCUGUUUUGAAGAAUUGACCAACCAGGUGGCGUUACUUGGAUCUGCUGCAUGGUUCGAUUGCCAAGAAUCGUGCGAUCUUCCGUUUGGUUCAACUCAAUGGUACCUGAAUGGUCAACUUCUAGACCACUUGGAUACUAAGUCUAGAUUUGCGGUUUCAAUAAACGAACGAGGACUUGCCAUUACAAAACUAAAGUUAGAAGACAUUGGUGAGUAUACAUGCAAGGUGUCCAGUGACAGGAUCACUUACGAACGACAUGGACAUUUGGAUGUCAUCGAUCCAAGCAACCAAUUUUCGGCUAUUUCUCAAUGUUCAUCUGAUUGUGGCAAAAGUUGUGCUAGAAAGCCAUUUGUUGCUGGAGGCGACACGACUAGUCCUGGUGAAUUCCCAUGGCAAGCAAUGCUGUGUUCUCCUCGGUUGGGGCAACAUUGUGGAGGAGUUCUCAUUUCAGACAGAUGUGUGCUAACCGCAGCACAUUGCUUAAAGUAUCAGAGCAUUAAUAGAAAGACUAUCACUGUUUGCUUAGGCAAACAUUGUGGCAAUUGCUCCGAAUCUGAUUCUUUAUCCAAUUCCGUUUGUUCCAAUUCUUCGUCAAUAAUCAUCCAUCCAAAUUUUAAUCAAUCUUCUUUCGAUCAUGAUAUCGCCGUUUUGAAACUUGCUCGUCCGGUUAACUGCAAUUGUCGAACGAUCAUGCCAGUGUGUCUACCAGACAAGACAAGAGAUUCGUCAUUCAUCCGAGCUCAACAAAACGGCAUCGUCACUGGAUGGGGUCGCGUCAAUUCGACAGUCAGCAGAUCUAGAUGCUUACGUAAAGGCGACGUCAGGUUAAAAUCUCGCCGUCUUUGUCAAAUAAAGCAUCAAGGUUACCAAAUAACUGAAAACAUGCUGUGCGCUACUGAUUACAACGGUGCCUGUGAAGGAGACAGUGGCGGACCUCUGGUGGUAAAGAACAGAAAGUUUAAAGGUCGCUAUGUGUUGGCAGGAGUUGUGAGUUGGGGAAUCGGAUGUGGCGAUAAGACAAAGUUUGGAGUCUACACAAAUGUGAUCAGUCAUCUUGACUGGAUCAAGUCUACUUGUGGCAUCAAUUGAAUAUUGCAGUCUAUAGAGAGUUUCUCCAUACCAAGAAGACAAGAAAAUUUUGAUUUUUCGUUUUGCUUGUUGCAUGUUUUCGUUCGACUGUUUAGACGUCGAAAAUGUUGCUGAAUCGUCAAAACAAGAAUAUGGAAAAGUAUUCGCAAAAGCAGACGUAAUCUAAAUAUCAAGUAUCUUGUAACCUUA